AUGCGCGGAGGAAAGUUCAAGGACACAAGGAGCCCAGUAGCAACAGCUGGAUCGAUAGAGGCUUCGAUAGAGCUCUCCGCAUCGCCAUGGCGACCUGCAGCCGUGACCUGGAAGGGGGGAGGGGUUGCAUCGAGCGGCCGGGCUGCAUCGAGCAGUUAUUUCGGUGCACCUCUAUCGUCGCAGUCGCUCUCCGCGUCUCGUAUCGCGCGCGCGUUCCACCACGGUGCCAGUUACCAGUACGCUCUGCUAUACGAGUAUAACGCUAAUCUCUAUCGGCCACAAGUGUUACCCACCUGUUGCGCGAGGCAGUACGGGGGUUCCAAUCGCGGUAUUGUAGUAAUUGUGAUUAAUUGUCUCAAACAGUGCGUAAGGUAUUAUAAAGGUGAGAUUAGGGCGUUCGAUAAACGGGUACAUCUGCUAGGAUGCAACUGUCGUUAUGCAAGGUCUGCUGAUAAUUUAAGAUGUGGAUGGUGCAGCUGGCAGUUGGCCAGGGAUGCAGCACUGAAGGUCGCGGGGGUUGCGACAACGGCCCCGUUGGCAGAACGUAUUUCAAGCCGGCUAGCUGCAGCGGCUUUGCGAAACGGUUAUGCAAGGCGCGCCGAUGCCAACUCGCGCGCCGUCCGCGCCGGAAGGAAAAGUGGAACGGCCCGCAGUGAGGCGGCCGCGCGCGCCGCUUCCACACGCCUCACGAGUGCCCAGUGUCGUGUCGUGUCGUGUCUGUGUCGCUUCUAG